UCUCAAUCAUAAAUUGGUCAAGCACACCAUGCAAGUAAUAGAUCACAAUAAAAUUACUGGAGGGCAACCCAACAUCUUAUUGGGCUAGUUUCAAAUGUAUACAAUAAAGUAAUUAGUCAACAAUAAAUAUACCAUGUUUUUAUUCACAUAAAAAUUGUCAAAAAAGAUAGAAACUAUACACUGACUAUACAUUAUGAUACAAUCAAAAAUCUGAAUAUAGCUUAACUAUACAUGAGCUAUACACUAGCUAUUCAUUACAAUGCACUCAAAAAAUUGAAUUUAGUUUAACUAUACAUGAAGUGCACUGAAUAUUCAAUUCGGACCAAAUCAGUGUUAUGAAAGGCGCACACCUCGUCGCCAAAGGCGAGAGGCGAGGCGAGGCAGGGUGGCUCGCCAUUCUCUGGCGAGGCGAGGCGAGGAGAAAAAGGCGAGGCCCUGGCGAUAAUGGCGCUGAAAUGGCGAGAGAAAGGCGCCGCCUUUUUGAUUAAAAAAAUUUGACUUAAUAAUAUUAGUCAAAAUUAGGGUUUUUUUUUACUUUCUAAAAUUUCUGAAACUCGCGACUCUCUCUCUCGAUCGAUCGAUUGACUCUUCUCUUCUCCCUCGCCGGUCCUCGCUGCUCCCUCGCUGUCCCUCGCCGGCCCUCGCUGCUCCCUCGCUGUCGCGUCUCUGCUUCCUUGCUCUCCCUUGCUGUCGCGUCUCUUCUCCCUCGCCGGCGACCUCGCGACUCUCUGUUUUCAGGUAAUGUCGCGUCUCUGUUCUUCUUCUUCUUCUGUUAUUAUUUUUUCUGUUCUUUCUUCUUCAUUUUUUUUUAAUUUUGGUAAGCUGCGUAAGCAGCAGUGAGGACUCAGUAAGUGUAAACAGUGUUAAUUUUUUUAAAAAAAUUCUUUUCCUAAGACCUAAUUAUUUAUUCCAAUAUUCCUAAACAGCGAAUUAAUUGAAUUUGAUAAUCAAUGGCGGAUGCUAGUGUACAUUAAGUACAAUAGAACAUUGAAACGCCGUUAUGAUGCUCGUGAUCUUAUUGAUCCAAUUCGCUUGGAUAACAUAGAUGAUUCCAACGAAUGGUUAGUUGGAUGCCCCGAAGAUCAAGAUGAUGAACUAGUAUAUGAGGAUGAUGAUCUUACUUGGGGUAGUGUUGCUACGACAAUUGGAGCGGACGAGAGUAUCUAUCAUCUUAGGGGACUUUCUUCAAGAUCAACAAUACUUGACAAGGGCAAAGGAGUAGAAAGUACAUCUUUAAGUUCAUCUUCAAGUAGGACUCGGACACUAAUUGAUGAAGAAUACGAGGAGGAAGAAGAUGAAGAGCAAUAUAAUGAUGUAGAAGAUUUUGAUCGUCAAGAGUCAGAUAAUUUGAAGAAGAAUAGACUUUUAAAGUUUUGGUUUAUUGUAUUUUGAAUUGUUUGGUCUUUAAAGUUUUAGACAUUCUAUUGGUUUUUGAGUUGAAUAUUUGUUAAUAUGUGUUAUUGCUAUUAAGACUUUGGAUAAAAUAUGCAAUUAAAUAUUUUUAAUUUUUGGUAUUAAUUGGUGCCUUUAUUCAAAAAGGCAAGCGCCUCGCCGCGUGGCGAGGCAGGCCCUUGUCGCCUUUUGUCGCCUCUCGCCGUCCACAACACUGGACCAAAUCAAAAUCUCCUCUAAACAGUCCCAAAUUUGUAGAUGUGAAAUCCUCUAAACUACAACUUCAUUUAGGGAACACAACACAAAUAUACAUAUGGUUGGGAACUGCAAAUCAAAUCUACCCAACUUGAAUAGAAAAUAUGAGCUGUUUCGGACCUAGAAAGAAUAACAAGGUAGGAAGAAAGCCCUGGAGCAAGUGAAGAACUGAAGGACAUUGGACAAAUAAUGGGGUAAUAGGG